CUGUGUGACCCCCUUCAGCUUCUCUUGUUUUUCUUCUUGAGUGAAUCCAGGAUGAAUCCUGUUUGGCUUCUCCUGCUGCUGCCAUCCCUCCUCAGAGCGCAGGUGGCUCCAGAUUUCCCUUCUGGCGGCGCAGUAGAGACGGUCAACAGCACUGACUCAUUAACAAACAGUACAAGAACUUCUGAAAACUCCACCAACCCCUCCGUUUCCUCCACUGCUGCAGAGCCUUCUGGGUUUGCACCUUCAAAAGCUCCCACAGAGGUAGAGGAUGACUGGUCACUGGCGGAGACCUUUCUGUACACCGGAGACCCCUCCACUCUGGAAGUGGGCCGCUGUUCACGGGCGUAUAGCUCUCCUGGGCAGAUGGGAGCCCUGCCCAUCAGCUUCUACGCCCCCCUUCGGCCAGCUAUGGAUGCACUCGCCAACACUGCCAAUUUUCUUAACAUGAUCUUCCAAGCCAGUGACCUCCAUGAGAGCACAGUGCAAGAGGAUAUGGAGUGGUACCAUGCCCUGGUCCGUGCCCUUCUAGAGGCUGAUGUGAUCAUCCGGCGGGCCCUGUUUACAUUUGAUGCUGACCCAGCUGCCCAGGUACCACAACUAGUGCUCCACGCCACCCGCAACCCAGCAGCCAGGGUGCAGACAAUCAUCCUCCAGGACUUGUCCAAGGCAUGGGAGAGCCUGCACCCACCUGCCCCGGCCCCUGACGACACCCUAUCCAAACGGGUGCUCCUCAAUGACCUCAACACCUUGGACACGCCUAAGUGGGGGCAGGGUGACAGCUAUGUGACCAAUCGCAGUGGGGUACGCUGGGCUGGUGCUCCCUUUCUGGACUGUAAGGAUGAACGCUUUGUGCCUGGCUGGAUGCUCACUCUCUCCAUCCCCUUCUAUGGCCUCAAGCCUGACCUGACACCAGAGUUCAGAGGGGUGAUCCGUGUGGAUGUCAAUAUUCAGGACAUUGACUUGGACCAGUGUGUAACAGGGGAAGGCUGGUUUGCUGACACUCACCAGUGCAACCGCACCACCAUGGAGUGUAUUCCCAUUCCAGGUCAGGGUUUUCGAUUGGGUCAGUACUGCUGUCGCUGUAAAGAGGGAUAUUACAACCCUGACAUGUCCCCUCAGGACUCAGAUGGAGCCCCUGUGAACGAGAGUGACGGCAGCGGUAUGUGUUACCCGAACAUGCCCAUCUGUCUCCCGUGCUGGCCGGGCUGUAAGAGCUGCCAGGAUGGUGCACCCUGCUGGGUGCAGGAGGACUGGCUUCUUAGGUCUGGUGUGCUUGCUGUCCAGGGGGUUUUCAUGGUGCUCAUCUUCAUCAGCAUGCUCGUGGCCUAUCGGCAUCGUCGCAGCCGGCGGAUCCGGGCUUCUGGCCUCCUGCUGUUGGAGACAAUCUUGUUUGGCUCCCUGCUCCUCUACUUCCCGGUCUUCAUCAUGUACUUCAGGCCAAGCACCUUCAGGUGCAUCCUGCUCCGCUGGGUGCGAAUGCUCGGUUUCUCCAUUGUCUACGGCACAGUUACACUGAAGAUGUACAGAGUGCUGAAGGUGUUCCUGUCACGCACGGCCCAGAGAAUGCCCUACAUGUCCAGCCUCCACUUGCUGAGGAUUCUGGGAGUGAUGCUGAUGACAGUCAGCUGGUUCCUGUGUGCAUGGACAGUGGGUAUCCUGCAGAAUCGGGACAGGAAUAUCCCAGUAUUCGUCACAACCAACACACCGGACGGACAGGGCUUCAACUUGUGUUACCUGGACCGCUGGGACUACAUGAUGGCUGUGGCUGAGCUUCUGUUCCUGUGCUGGGGGAGUUCCCUGUGGACCGCCGUCAGGCCGGUGCCCUCAGCUUUCCAUGAACCUCGCUACAUGGGCAUCGCUAUCCACAACGAGCUGCUUCUCUCCUCCCUCUUCCACCUGUUCCGAUUCACCUUUCCGUCUCUCCAUCCUGAUUGGAUGCUGCUGCUCUCCUUCGUACACACCCAUGUCACCAUCACUGUGACACUCGCCCUGCUCUUUGUUCCCAAGUUCCUUUAUGUCUCCAAACCUGGGAGAGAGGAGAUUGCAGCAGAAGUGUAUGAAGAUGAAGUUGACCUGCGGCGUUCUGGCUCCUACCUCAACAGCAGUUUUCACUCUGCAUGGAGUGAGCACAGUGUGGACCCUGAUGACUUUCGGGAUGAACUGAAGAAGUUAUAUGCCCAGUUAGAAGUCCACAAGACUAAGAAGAUGGCUGCAAACAACCCUCAUCUGCCAAAAAAGCGAAGUUCUCGAUGUGCACUGGGGAGAUCCCUUAUAAAACGCAUUGCAGAAAUCCCAGAAACAAUGAGCCGGCAGUGUAGCCGUGAGGAGAAAGAUGGAUCCUUCCGCAGUAGAAGUGAGAAUCAUUCUGACUCUUUUAGAAGGUCCACAGAUACCAUCAGUAUCAGUUACAGAAGUUCAAUGAAGUCAGUGAAGUCAGCAACCCCAUCACCCUCACCAUCCAUGCGCAAGUCCCAAAGUGAUCAUCACUAUGUCAGGGAAAGAGACUCUUCCUUGCACACCUCCACAUUAAGGACCAAUACUGUGAAGAGAUCCUCGCAGCGAUCUGAGACAGACUCCUUGGAUAUACCACCAGGGGUUUGUAAGUCAGCCAGCGCCCAGAAUCUGACAAUUGAUACAAAUCUUUUGCAUCCUGAUCACAACAGACUACACAAAUCUUGGAGCCUAACCUCAGCUAGCAGCCAUUCUAUGGAGAACAUACCGAAGGUUAACAGAUCCAACACAGUAAGGUCAAGGCCAAGCCUUUCUAUAAGUGACCAGACCAGGAGCGCUCUCAAAUCAGAGUCAUUUGACAAGGCUGAAGUCUGUCCUUGGGAGGUGGAGCCAGAACAGUCAAGUGACAGAAACCAGAAGCAUGUAACAUAUGCAAACUCUGAGAAUGGUGAAGAAAAAAGGCCACCAUCUCCACUCGCACUUAUCUGUCCCUGGGACCAUUUACCACCUGUAGAAAAGAAGUCUUCUGUGGACAAAGGACUACAAGGUGAAAUUGAGUCCACCAACUCUCCAGUGUCUACAAGUGCACCAGGUUCUCCAAGACCAAAGGUGGCAAAGGAUCAGCGUGUUUUCUCCUUCCGCACCACCACCAGUGCUAAGUGGCUCACUGUGAAAACAUUUAUGGCAUCCGUGGAUGCAGCUAGCAGGUCCAGUAAGGAUGGAAGUUUAAAUAGAGAGGAUUCCAUUUCACAAAAAAGCCAGGAAAGUGCUUCAACAACACCAAGGUCAGGAACAUCAAGACAUCCUAGCAUUGAAAAGAGGUCACUGCAGAAAAGAAAUACGACAGCAGCAGAUGGAAAACCAUGUCUUGUGAAGCAGAAUGCAGUCAGACUGUCUUCUGGGGAUUCCUCUGACAGAAGCCCACGAAGGCUCGUCAUUGUAAAAUCUUCCAUCCAUCCAUGUGAUUCAGAUGAUAUGCACAAAGAUGGCACAUAUGAAAACUUGCUAUUAUCGAGGCAGAGCAGUAAACGUAGUAGUAUACGUUCUUGGGACACGGCCAGCAGCUCCAGAACUCCUUCAACUCACAGAAGAGGUAGUUAUCGAAUUACACCAACCCGUAAUGUUUCCCAUGCAGAUGUAUGUGCAUGGGAUGGGGCUAGUGCUUUACAGCAAGGAGAGGGACCAAAAAAGCAGCAGAGCAUUAAAGCAGAUAUCUGCCCUUGGGAAUCACAGGUAUCUGAACGUUCUAAUGUAUGUCCAUGGGAAUCUCAAGAGCAAGGGAACGUGAGAAGAAAAGAAAGUGGUCAUGGUGAAGUGCAUCCUUCUGAAUUGCAGGAUAUUCCAGUUGUCUCUAAAACUAUCCUUUCUAAAGAUUCACAGGCACAGCAACCUUUAAAAGAUGUAUUGGACAUAUGUCCCUGGGAGACUGCAGAAACUCCCCAGCCUUCAGUAAGACAAGAUAAUGAAUAUGCUAAUGUUUGUCCAUGGGAUGUGCAAGACAAGGCUGAAGGUGUAUAUGAAAACUUAAAUCCUUUGGAAAACAGGGGAACACUGACAGUGCCCCUUCAACGAGAGGUCAUGAAAGCCGCCAUCUAUCCUGGUGCAUCAAAAGAAAUUUUAAAUAAUGAGCAACAAUACCAUGCUAUAUCACCUGCCAUGAACUGGGGUAAACAGAUGAACAAAACAGCAGCGAGUUGUCCAUGGGAUUUCCCUGAUCCCCCUACAAUCAAAGAAGAUAUUUGCCCAUGGGAAGACAGUAACACAGAGCCAACAAAUACAGACUCAACUCCGCAAAUGACAAUCAAGGUACAUAUUUGUCCCUGGGAAAGUGAACAAGACAAUCCAGAAGACUCAGAAACAGAUGCCUCGCUUUUGAAAGGUACUUCAGAACAUACUGACGGGAAAGACAGCACAAGAGUUGAUGUAUGCCCCUGGGAAACAGAACUACCUGAAAAAGCUGCUGCUACCAAAACAAUGUCACAAGAACUUAAAAGGCCGGCAGAGGUUUGUCCAUGGGAAACUGAGGAACCAGAAUCAGGAACGCCAGAGAUCCCCAAAACAUAUGAGAGCUAUGUAAGACAAAACACUGCUCAGACAAAUGUUUGUCCAUUGGAGACAGAAGAAACAGGGAUGGUCAAAACUGAAGUAUCAAACGCAUCGGAUAAACUACAAAGAAAGGGGAUUUCUGAGGAAGAUGUUUCUCCUUUGAAAACAGAAACAGCAAAAGUUCUGAAAAAGCAAGACAGUACACGGGCAGAUGUUUGUCCGUGGGAGACAGAAGAACCGAAAACUCUCCAAAAACAAGACAGCACUCGGACAGACGUUUGUCCGUGGGAGACAGGAGAACCGAAAACUCUCCAAAAACAAGACAGCACUCGGACAGACGUUUGUCCGUGGGAGACAGCUGAAACAUUCCAAAAGCAAAAUAGCAAUGGAGCAGACAAAAAUGAUAUUCCCAACAGUGACAAGGAUGUCACAGAAAGUCAGAGCCGCCUUAGUGUAGAAGAGACUCCAGCAGACAUGAGCUCCGAGCAAACAGAUGAGUCUAAAGCAAAUUUAGCUCUGGGCCGGCGAGAUGCUCUGUGCCCUUGGGAGAUGGUAAGGAGCACAUCUGGCUCAUUCACAGACAAUGCAUCAGAUGUCUUUACAUGGGAGCCUGAGAAUAUCCCAGAGGAAGAUGAAGAGGAUGAUGCAGAGUGUGCUGCUGAGGCUCUUGUAUUUCCACCUGACCUGUAACCUUACACUUCCCUAGCUACUCGUGGAUUACAGACUCAGCUACAGAAGAGCUUCCCUGCAGCUGGCAAUGACAAAAUUCCUUUCUGACAGAUUAUUAAAUAUUAAUUACAGACUAAACUGAAUUACUUCAAGUUUGCCAACCAGCUGGGGCAUGCCCACAUGUCUAAGAACCUAGAAGGCCAGACUUGAUAAGCUGGACACUACAGGCUGUGCAAAGCUGCCUGAAAAUACAUUUAUUUUUUACUAAUGCAUAUAGAGAAGAUUUAUGUACCCCAUUAAAUGAAAUGCAGAAAGCCAUUUGUUCAGUGAUAGAAGGGCAUCUAAAGCAAUUAGAUGAAGCGCCCUUUCUUCCUGUUUCUAUCCCACAUAUUAAAUGAAAAGGGUUUUGUGUUUUUGUGUUUGCUUAACUGACAACGAACAAUUUUGCCAUGAGAUUAGAGCACGUUGAUGGCUGAGCUAAAAUGAGCUCAAGUUAAGUCCACAGCACUCUCAGAGAAGACACUUUGGAAUAUUCCUGCCUCAUAUGAACGUACACCGCAUGACUCAAUUUUCAUUAAAAAAUGUAAAAUAAAGAAUAAAAUGUCAAGCAGGAAUACACUGGAUAUGCAGUUACAUUUCAAAAGUAUUGAUAAAACUAUGCAUACCUUUUUGCUUAAUUGACUAUAUACACACACACAUCCAUAUAGUGUCACAUUGGUAGUUGAUCAUAUUUAAGCACAGUCACGAGUUUUUAAUGACAGUGUGUGCAAAUUAUCCCUGUGAGCCAAAAGCUAGGUUUCAGUUUUUUUCUACUGUGCUCUCUAUUCGAUGUAACUGAGCGGGGAUAUCCCUUAAUGUGGUCAUCUCAUAAGCUCAACAGGUCCCCUUAAUUGAAUCAUAAUAACCCAUAAGUCCCCAUGAACACCCUCACAAUUCUACCCCUUAAAGUGUAUCGAAACCUGCAUGAUUGUUUUACAUCUGAACAUUUAUAAAACUAUGGCAUUUCCAUGUAUGUGGAUGGUGUGGUCUGGACACCAGUUAGACUAAAAGUGGGACAAUAUUAACAUUAUAAACACUGUGAAAUUUACACAGCAAAUAUAUGGCAAUUUGCAGUCACCUUUUAAAAACGCUGCAGCUAGCACGACUAGUCUGCUAACCUAUUUGUUGAUUAGGCUGAUUACUUUCCAAGUAUGAAAUUUUUUCUAUGCACAAAUUACUACUUAAAGCUACAUCCCAGAAAGUGAAAGAGCUUUCAGGGGAAAUGAUCCUAAUGUUUUCCUUGUCGUUCGGUGAGUAGCUACUUUUUCAAGCCUUCUCUGUAAGUGUCGAGUAAAGACAUGAAAAGAGCGAGUGUAGAAAAAUGGCUACCAUAUUACCACUUUUUUAAUGCACAAAAUAAUACUUAAAGCCAAAAACGUGAAGUGAUUCGCAACACAGGAAUACUCACUUAUUCCUUGGUCACUAAAGGAAUGACCACUUAUGAGAUGAGAUGUUUUAAAAAUUCCUUCAACAUGAAAUCAUUAAAAAAAAAAAGUGUUUUUUUUAAAGACAGGUCUUAUAAUUAUUAGAUAUUAAUUAUGAGCUAAUCACUUCUUCACAUUGAGACUGUGCUUGACAUUUCAGUGUAUCACAUUAGUGAAUAUUACUUUAAGUUCUGAAUCACUGCUCAUAAAUUUGAGCCAGUUUUUAAAAAAAAUAGACAAAUAUGGGAAGAUUCUGGACUUCAAACGUCAGCAGUUUUCAGUUAAGAUGUAAUUAAGCUACAUGUUCAUGCAAACAAAUAUUCUUUGAUAUUCAGUGGUGGUUAUCAUCAGCUCCUCUGCUGCUACAGUGUAAUAUAGUGAUUUUAAUGUUAAACAUGGCUCCAAGUUUUUUGUCAAUGGACUGAUCUAGUUUUGUAAGCAAUGUUUGUGUUUGUUUUUUUUUUAAUGAGUGUACUGAAAAUUGUUGGCACAAAAAAAAUUAUAUACAUAUAUAUAUAUUUGUGCUUACAUUAAGUUGUGCAAAAACCAGGUGGGACACUUCACAU